AUGUACAGCUGCAAGGCCCAUGGGUUCCUGUGCGGCGCCAAGCUCGGCCACGCGAUUCGUCAGUUGCGAGAUCUUGUUCGCAAGGAAGCCGAUGACCCUGCAUUCGAGGAGGCGAGGGAUUGGCUGAACCAUGUGGAGCGGGCCAGGGUGGCGGGAUAUCUGAAGUACAAGGCUAUUGCCACCGUGAAUCGCGAAGAUCUGUGCAAGCUGGCGCAGGACAUCGGCAAACACUCGCCGAAUACCCCCUCGACGCUCCAGCGCGCUGUGUUGGAAAGAGCUGUGAACUAUUGGAAUGCUGAGUCCGAGUUGGCGUCCAAGCGUGACAUUGCGAUCGAGCUCACCACGCCGUGGCACGAGGAUGGAGGCGUGGAGUCGGGCAACCGUUUGAGGUCAUCGAAGAACUACCUGCAGCUCAGCAAGGAAGGCCACGCGAAGACACUUGUGUUCUGCAACCAGGUCAUUGUUGAGAUCAGGGCUGCGCCGAUGACCUGCGACCCAGUAAUCGACGCCGCAGCCGCGGAAGUGAUGUCGACGUUGCUGUUGGUGGCGACCAUCGCGGGUUCUACGAAGGACGCGGUGCCCCUCAGCACUGUUGAAGCCAUAGUCCGCGCCCGGCCUUGGAUGCCCCAUGCUGCCGCGUCCGCCAUCAUCAAGGCCGAACCCUACUGGAAGGGGGAGCUCGACGUCUACAUGAGGCAUUCCCCCGAGGUGAAGAAGUGGCGCCCGACGCUAUCGCAGUGCAUGACGGACAUCGCGAGCACCCAGGAUGCGCCGACUUUCGAUUUUCUCGACCGCUUGAUCGCUGACAUGCCCACGAUCAAAGCAUCCCUGCCGGACGCAGAGUACAACGACCUCUCUGUGAUCACCGGGAAGUCUCUGGACACUUACUUCGCGAACGCCAUGGCCCUCGUGAAGGGCUCCGCGGGUGAAGCUACCGAUGAUGCCCAUCAAUGUGCGUGGGGCCUCCAGAAGGCCGCGGGUGCCAUCUAUACGGGGCGCAGAGCCAGUGAAAUGAGGACCCGAUCCCUUGUUCACGUUGCGUCUGAAGAUAGCAAGCGGGCGCUCCCGUCUUUCACUUCGGAGGCAAUUCAGAUUGUGACGAAGAAAAUGGACGCCUUCCAUGACAUCGCCGAGGACGCGAUGUUCGACUCUGCGCUGGCUUUGGUGCCCGCGUGUACGGAAUGGGCAGACUGGCCUGAUGCGUGCCCGAGCGGCCUGGGUCUCACGUCCGCGAAACAGCUCUGCCACCGUGUGAAGUUGGCGAAAGCGCUCGCGGGAGCCAUUGCGACGUUGCACCACAAGGACACGAUCUUCGACAACGCAGCGGCUGAAGCUGCUCUUGAUCACAGCGUGGGCGCCUUCAUGGGCCUCGUGGCGCAGUGCCAGUGCAUCAGGACCGACCUCGACGAUCCGACCAACGCUUCAUCGAUCACUCGUGGCACCUGGAUGGAGGAUUUGCUGGGUAACAGUUUGGGCAUGAAAGAGCUGCUCUUCUCCGCUCGGCUGGCCAUGUACACCAAACUGUUGUCUGAGCAGGACGGGGCGGUGCCGUUGGAGAAGUUCAAAGGUGGCAUCGUGGACAAAUCGUGGCACGCCGACCUUAGCAAGGACAUCUCGAGUGAGGAUUCGCUUGCAUCCGGGAGCUGCCAGUCGUUCCUGAAGAACUGUCCCUACGAUUCUCUCAAGAAGGAGGGACCCGAGAAGGUCGCCAUCAAGGACAACGUCAAUAAUCUCGGGGUCAGCUUCGAUAG